AUGAGUCUCGAAGCAAAGUCUGGCAAGACUAUUGUCGCGAUCGACCCCGCCACCGAGAAUACAAUCACCGAGGUGCAAGCCGCCGGCGAAGAGGACAUUGACAUCGCUGUCAAGGCCGCUCGCAAGGCUUUCGAGAACCCUGAAUGGAAGGAUCUUGAUACCGCUCAGCGUGGCAAGCUUCUACUCAAGCUGUCUAUCCUGGCGGAGAGAGAUGCUGAGAUCCUGGCCACAAUUGACAGCUGGGACAAUGGCAAGCCUUACACUGCUGCCAUGACCGAGGAUGCCGCCGAGGUUAUUUCUGUCUUCCAAUACUACGGCGGCUGGGCCGACAAGAACCACGGUCAGAUGAUCAACCUCGGCCUUGACAAGUGGGCUUACACUCGCCAUGAGCCUGUCGGUGUUUGCGGACAGAUCAUUCCUUGGAAGUACCCCGUCAUGAUGGCAGCCUGGAAUUUGGGCCUGUACUUGCAUGUGGUAACACCGUUAUGCUCAAGGCUCCCUCUCUCAGUCCUAUACCUAGCGAAGUUGAUCAAGGAGGCUGGCUUCCCCGCCGGUGUCGUCAAUAUCAUUAACGGUUAUGGAGCCGAGGCUGGAUCAGCCAUUACUGCCCACCCUGGUAUCGAUAAGAUUGCCUUCACUGGCUCAACAAUCACCGGAAAGACUAUCAUGAAAAAGGCUUCAGAGACCCUCAAGAGCGUCACUCUCGAGACCGGAGGCAAGAGCCCUCUCAUUGUCUUCGACAAUGCUGAUUUCGAGCAAGCGGUCAAUCCUCAGGUGUCCAAGGCACAAUACGAGAAGAUCCUGUCACUUAUUGAGUCAGGAAAGUCAGAAGGAGCCGGUCUCCUGACUGGUGGUGCUCAUUCUGGAGACAAGGGUUUCUACAUCCAGCCCACUGUCUUCCGUGAUGUCAAGCCAAAUAUGAAGAUUGUUCGGGAGGAGAUCUUUGGACCUUGCGUCAACCUUCGCAAGGCUCACCGUGUCGCCGCGGGCGUUCAGGCUGGAACCGUUUGGAUCAUCAGCUCUCAGGACACCCACUGGGGUGUUCCUUUCGGAGGCUACAAGCAGUCUGGUAUCGGGCGUGAGCUUGGAUCCUACGCUUUGUCUGCAUACACCCAGGUCAAGGCUGUCCAUGCUACGCCUCAGCCGUAUGGGUAG